AUGUCACCCGAGGGGCCCGUACCUGAACCAACCCUCGCCCUAAAACCGGCCAACCGCCAUCGCAGCUUCUCCGCCGCCGCUUCGCCGCCUCCGCCGCCUCCGGUUCACUCGCUGCCCCGCUGGUUUUGUUUACAUCUUGCCAAAUCGCGUACCCGCCACACGCGUCCGUUUCCUCCUCCUCCUCCUCCUCUGCUCUCCGCCCUCGCCGCCAUGCAGAUGAUGAACGCGCCCAUGCAGCCAAUGGUGCCGCAGCAGCAGCAGCCGCCGCCGCCUCCGCCUCCCCAGACACAGCAGCAGCAGCAGCAGCAGCAGGCCCAGCAACAAGCUCAGCAGCAGCAGCAGGGCCAGCAGCCACCGCCUCCCUCUCCCUACGGCCACCUGCCCUCCGCCGCUCUUCCGCACCCGAACGCGCCCUCCACCGCCGCCGCCGCCGCUGCUGCUGCUGCCGCCGCGGUCGCCGCCGUCCACCUCACGCCGACUCCGAUGCAGCACCAGCAACCGCAUCCACAGCUCUCGGCCCCGCCAACAGACGACCAGCUCAACCGCAAGUGGACAGACCACGAGAUGUGCCGGCUCCUGCGCGCCUACUACCUCGCGCUCACGCAGCCGCCGCCGCAAGGCGCCACCUGGGAUGCGUCUGCAAACAACCAGCUCGUCAAGUACGACAACCGCGAGAUGCUCUUCGACCAAGUCUGCCGCUUCUACUCUGGCGACCUGCGUCCGCCGUCGCCGUACCCCUCGCUCUGGUUUGCCGGCAACGACUACGAUCUUCUCAACCAUUCACCCGAGUCGCCCGAAGGCGUCAAGCGCAGGACGCCAAAGUCCUUGCUCGAGAAGUUCAAGUUCUUGCGCAUGACCUACUACUUCAUCCUCGAGUACGACAAAAAGUACUCGCAUGUGCCUACCGGAAUCCCGCAGUACGAGCUCGGUGUCGUCCAGAGUGGCUCGGGGUGGUACAAGCUCGGUGUGAAAGAGCAGAGAGACCUGCUGGGAAAAGCUCGCACGCCCAUGUCUGGUCGCGUCUUUGUUCUCAUGCACGCCAUCAUGACCCGUGUCGAUGCCCUCCGCUCUGGGGAGGUUAUUGAGACCCCCGCGCAGCAGCAACAGCAGCAGCAACAAGCACAGCAGCAGCAACAGCAGCAGCGACUUCAGCAAAUGCAAAUGCAACAACAACAGGCGCAGCAACAACAACAACAACAACAACAACAACAACAACAGGCGCAGCAGCAGGCUCAACAGCAACAGGCCCAGCAGCAGCAGCCUCUACGCCCACGCUCUCUGCAAGAUGAUCCAAACAACCGAAACAAGCGCCAACGGACCUCUGUCUCACAGUCGACUCCACAGCCUCAGCAACAAUCCCAGCAAUCCCAGCUUCAACAGCAGCAGCCAUCUCAACAGCAAACCCCGACACUGGCCUCAUCCGCCAUCACAGACAUGCCAUCUCCGCUCUCCUCCUCUCUCUCGGCCGCCAUGAACUCGGCAAACACCUCUGCAAGCAUGAUGAACAACCGCCUUCUAGCAGCUCUUCUAGAGUCUGUCGAGCGCAACACUCGUGCGGUCGAGCGCAUGGCGGCCGAUCAUGCGAGCAUCGCUCAGAAGUACGACGAGAUCAGUGGAGUCCUGCGCGAGAUGAAGGACGCAUAUCUUAGAAACACCAAUAUGCAGAUCUAA